GUCAUGAGUCCUGCAUCUCUCCUCAAAAAGAAGUAGCUUCGUCAGAUAUCAAACUGUCUGGCAUUGAGCCUCAGUUCACAGAACCUCCUCAAAGGCAGCUGAAGAUACAGAAGCGCAAAGUACCUUUUCCUUCAAAGAUCCCUUCAUCUGCUGUUGAGAUGCCGGGAUCUGCAGAUGUAUCUGGAUUGACUGUUCAGUUUGGAGAGCACUUGAUUUUGGUUCAGAAUGCUGGAAGUGGAAGCAGUAGACGUAGGUGAAAAGGUGUCAACCAAAAGAACAAGUCUUGGCUCAAGUCAUCCUGCCCUAUUCCUACACAGCAGCCGCAGAGCAGCUUAUUCUCCAGUCAGGGAAUGUGAGGUGUGGUGCACUGAACAGAUGACCAGCUUGCCCAGCCUUCCCUCUGUUGCAUUAACCAGUACGACGCCCCCCCCUUCCAUUGGUCUGCCCAGUGCAGUGCUUCAGUCCUCCUCUUCUACAGUUGCUCCAACAACUAUUCGUGUAGAGGGCAAUGGGCCGAGGUCCCUCGCACCACAUUUGGGUUUCUCACAGAGCAAAGAUGUCCCUCCAGCUGCUGGACCUCCCACAAAUAGCUACAGUACCACGAAGAUACAGAGCACACAGGCGUCCACACCAUUACCAGUGUCAAGAGCAGUUAAGACAGAUGCUCCUGUUUUAAUAAGUGACAGUGCGCCCACCCAUCAUAUACCUUCUUCUGCCGUCACAUCUUCCCAUUCGACACCCAUCUCGUCUCUCAGCAGUCAAGUGACCAGUAUCCACUCCUCUGCAGCUGCAAUCACCACAAGCUCCUCCCUGAUGAUAACCAAUGAUGACAGCAGCAGCAAACUCCCCACCUUUUCAUCAUCCAGCCAAGUUGUUAAUCCCAGUUCCUCAGCUCCGCUGCCUGUCACCAGCUCUAAUGCAAAUGGUCUGCACACAACUGGCGCACCAGGUCUAACUCCAAAUUGUGCAAGCACCACCAACACUACAUUGUCAGCUGCAGGCAGCCGCACAGCACCCCUACUCACCACCACCUCUGGUAAAGCUCCACCCAACUUGGCCCAAGGAGUACCACCCCUUUUGGCCAACCAGUACAUCAUGGGCCCUGGUGGCUUGCUCCCUGCUUACCCGCAGAUCUAUGGAUACGAAGACCUGCAAAUGCUGCAAUCACGCCUUCCAAUUGACUAUUAUGGUGUGACAUUCCCUGCUACUACAGCUGCCAUACCAGGCAGAGAUGGCCUGGCCAACAAUCCAUAUUCUGGUGAGGCAACAAAGUUUGGCAGGGCCGAAUCUUCAUCUCCAGUUCCUCCUACUAGCCUGUCUACAGCUGGAGUGCAGUCGCAGGCACCACAGGCAGCAACACAGAGCCAGGGACAAAGCCAGGGUCAGCAAACGCAGAACCAGGCCUUCCUCAACCCCCCUCUACCUCCAGGCUACGGAUACACUGGACUCUCAUACUACACUGGUGUUCCUGGGGUUCCCUCAGCCUUUCAAUAUGGCCCCACUGUCUUUGUUCCUCCUGCUUCAGCUAAACAAGCUACAAUGGGAUUGUCCAACCCUUCGAACCAAUACCACCAACACAAUCAGUAUGGACAACAUGCAUAUGGCACAGCCUUUGAUGACCUCUGUCAAGCCCACUGUGGGGAGUACAGUAAGGGAGGGUAUGGAGGCUCUGCCCAGUCACAGGCCAAGUCAGCGGGCAGCGGCCCAGGGAAAGGAUCAGGACUUUCAGGGUCAGGUCCCAGUGGUGGAGUACCUGAAUUGGGAGGUUCAGUCUACAACAAAACACAGUCUUUUGACAAGCAGGGUUUUCACACGGGGACACCACCUCCGUUUAGCCUGCCUUCAGUCCUGGGAGGAACAGGACCCCUGAACCCCGGAGGCGCUCCUGGCUUUGCCCCAGCUCCCUUCCUGCACAUCCUGCCACCUCACCAACAGCCCCACUCUCAGCUUCUACAUCAUCACCUCACACAGGACGGACAGGGUGGUUCUGGUCAGCGCAGUCAGUCCAGCAGCAUGCAGCAGAAAACCCAAGGCAGCAAGGCCACCUAUGGCAGCUCCCCCUACUGGGCAAACUGAAGAAUGACCCCCUUUUCAAAAGUGUGUGAGUGCUGCUGUAAUAUAUAAAAAACAGUAAAACAAGUUAACUGACACACCUUCACAAAGAGCAACUUUGGCUGUGCCCAGCUACCCCCACCUCCACAAGUCCUCAUAAGUAUUUUAUGUUCUCCCGCCUUUUAAAAAUUGGUUGUACAUGUAAUAUAUUUAUGUAUUUAUAUAGAUAUAUAUACUGUAUUUGUAAUGGUACAACACAGAAUAUUUUGCUGGAUUUUUAUUUUCUCUUUUUUUGAGAACUACAAAGAUGCUACAGAAACAGAAUCAGAUAGGAGACGGCUAAGGCACUGAUUGUAUACGAGGACAUUUCACAUGGAGGUGGGGGUUUCUCACAGUGAAUUACAUAUGUUUCCUCCUUUGUUGUUGUUCGGGUUUUAUAUAUAUAUAUAUAUAUAUAUAUAUAUAUAUAUAUAUAUAUAUAUAUAUAAAAUAGCCUGUAUUAGUUCACCCACAAUUUCAUAUUUCAGUUCUUUUCAGUCUCCAGUUGAUAUUUUCCCAUCAUUCUCCUUCUCACGUUUCUUCUUCUAUUGGGGGAGCAUUCUCUGCAUCAUCAACACUCAGUCUUUAAGCAUGGAAAUGUCUGCUUAAAUUUUAUAUUUUAACUUAAUUUUAACCCUCAUUGCCCUUGAAAUAAAAAUUGAAGAGUUGGAACUUUGAA